GGAUAUGUUGGAUAUGUUAUCUGAUUUUCUGAUAGGUCCGUUAAGAAAUCAGGACUAAUAUAUUGGGUUGAGCACCAGGUUUAUUGUUUGCGCGUAGACAGGUAUUUGGACAGAAAUUGGGAGGGGGGGGAGAAAAACGCUACUCAUGAAACGCUGCUUUGCAAUUUGAACCAAAGUGAUUCGGAUGCAGUUAUUGGCUGAGCAAAAACAAAAAACCGGGAUUGGGCCCGCGGAGGCGGCCUUAAUGAGCGAAGGUGUAGGAUAAGCAUCCACGUUUCAAAAGUUGUUCUUUCCAACGGACUUUUGAGGCGCCCAGCAGCCCUGCAUGGCAAACAGCGGCCACAAGCGCCAGUUGACAGCGCGCAUCCUCCUCUUCCUUCCUAACAAGGCAAUAAUCCUAACCAAGCCGGCCACAUCCGCUCCGCUGACAUCCGGCCGGCGAAUUUCUGGCUCCGCCCCCAAGUUCUCCCGUCCCGACGUGCCGUGCGCGGGGUGACAGGUGGGGCUAGACAGAUAGAAGCCAAAAUGGCGGACUUCGAAGAUCGGGUGUCGGAUGAGGAGAAAGUUCGCAUUGCUGCAAAAUUUAUCACCCAUGCACCCCCAGGGGAAUUCAAUGAAGUGUUUAAUGAUGUUCGUUUGCUGCUCAACAAUGACAAUCUCCUCAGGGAAGGGGCAGCCCACGCAUUUGCACAGUAUAAUAUGGAUCAGUUCACUCCAGUGAAGAUAGAAGGAUAUGAUGAUCAGGUCUAAAUCACAGAACAUGGUGACUUUGGUAACAACCGGUUUUUAGACCCAAGGAAUAAGAUUUCCUUUAAAUUUGAUCAUUUGAGGAAGGAAGCAAGCGAUCCUCAGCCAGAAGACAUAGAUACAUCACUAAAGUCCUGGAGGGAUGCCUGUGAUAAUGCAUUAAGAGCUUAUGUGAAAGAUCAUUAUCCACAUGGCUUUUGUACUGUUUAUAGUAAAACUAUAGAUGGACAGCCAACAGUUAUAGCUUGCAUUGAGAGUCACCAGUUUCAACCCAAAAACUUUUGGAAUGGACGCUGGAGAUCAGAAUGGAAAUUUACCAUCACUCCACCUACAGCUCAAAUGAUUGCAGUGCUCAAGAUCCAGGUGCAUUAUUAUGAAGAUGGUAAUGUGCAGCUGGUUAGCCACAAAGACAUACAGGAAUCUGUAGCAGUUUUGAACGAUGUCCAAACAGCAAAAGAAUUUAUUAAAAUCAUAGAACAGGCAGAAAAUGAGUAUCAGACAGCAAUCAGUGAAAAUUAUCAGACAAUGUCAGAUACCACAUUCAAAGCCUUGCGUCGCCAGCUACCAGUCACCCGAACUAAAAUUGACUGGAACAAAAUCCUCAGCUACAAGAUCGGCAAAGAAAUGCAGAAUGCCUAAGAGCAGAGAUGCUGUGGAAAAUAUUAGCAUGCAAAAUAAACAGCAAAUAUGGUCCUUUGCCAAGUAGGUGGGUUUCCUGAAAUUGGCAUUUGUCUCGGGCUUUUGGCGUUAACAGGUUUUGUAGCCUUACAAAGGACUGUUAGAGACAUAACAUUUUGUUUGUGUAUGUUCUUGCCUUGAAAACAUCUGGUGUAAGAGUUACAGUGCAUUUUCUAGUAGGCUUACUUAAUAUAGCCACUUUGGGAUGAGUACUAUCAGUCCUUGUAUUUGCUAAAAAGUGUCUUCGCUAAGAGUCUUUCUAGAAAUGCAGGCUGGUAAUAUUGGACUUACAGUCCCAGUACUUUUGCCAGCAUAUGUAUUAUAUUCAAUUUAAUAGAAAUGCUGGCAGCUUUACGGUGUUGCUUUACACCAGAUACAACCUUUCCUUGCUUGUCUCCCCUCAAAACUGCCAAUCGCCAACUAGCAAUAUCUUCUAGGCUUACCUUUUUCAUGUUUGCAAAAUGUUUACAAGACUCUUCCCAGAAAUGCCAAGAAGGCCAGGUCUUCUUAAAUGCUGUUUUGGGGGAUGGUUGUUUUUGUUUUUUAAAUCCAAAGACUUGAGCCUCAUUUUCUUCGAGUAAACUAUUUUCUCAUUUGUAUUCCUGGAAGUACGGUUAAUAUAAAUAUCUGCAUUUUUACUGGAUGGAUCCUCCAUUUUUCUUAAUACUUGUCUGCUGCUCAGAUACUUGUUUAGAUGGAGAAGAAAUUACAAAAAUGAAAUGCUGUAAAUGUUUAAAUAUUGGAUUUAUUGUGCUUUAAUGCUUUGUGGCAAGCUGAUGGUAUUUGCAUCAGAAAUGUAUGAAUGAACAUGUCUUAAGUGGGUCAAUAAAAUGUUUGCACCAAGGCA